AUGAAAGGAAAAUCAGUAUUGGUCAAUGCCAAUGAUAAUAAGUUCCAAUUUGAAAGAGUUAAUUUCGCCAAAAGCAGGCAAUUGAAAUCAAAGAAUGCAGCAUCAGCCAUAGAGGAUACCUUGCUUCGAAUGGUCACAUCAUCAUAUUCUAAUGCAUCUCUAUCAUCAUUCAAAGCACCUACUAAUAAAUCGGUGGUGAAAUCACAAACAAAAAUUCAAGAAAAAAAACAUAUCAAAUCAAGCGCACUACCCAAGGGGGGCUCGUCCUCUGGAAAGUCAAAAGUUUCUAUUGGAUGCAUGUCACUUGAAGAUCUUUUUGAUACACUGAAAAAAAGGCAAACGAAUAAUGAGCUGAAUGAUAAACCACAAUAUUCUUACGCAUUUUUAAUAACACUUGCAUUGCUGUUAUCUGAUUAUGGUACCCUGACUUUAUCACAGAUCUAUAGGUGGAUAUCGACAAGUUUCCCUUUUUAUGAACUAAAUCAAGCAGGUUGGCAAAAUUCAAUAAGACACAAUCUAUCACUAAAUAAGGCAUUUAAUAAAACAAUUAAAGUCAAUAGUAAGAGUAGUUAUCUAUGGGAGUUUCAAAGUGGUUAUGAAUCAAAAUUUUUCAAAAAUUUUAAAGGUAGUUAUAACGAAAUCAGAAUUAUAUUAAGAGAUGUUAUCAAAUACCUUACACCGUUAGAAGAUGUCUCAACAAUGAACCUCUCAAGACAAAAUAUGCUACCGACCCCGCCUCUUAUAGAAAUCAAUGAUCAUAGCAGUAGCAAUCUUUCUUUAAAUCCCCCAAUUCCUAUGGAAAAUAGCACAUUAUCUAGCUUUAAUACGGAAAGUCACGAUAGAGAUAGCUUUAAGACGACAUUACUAGCGACUCCAAAGAUCGAAAGACUAAACAAAAAUGACGUUGGUGAUAAUACUAUAUAUGAUAUUGAUUCGAGAUUGGACCUUUUGAAAACACCACAAUUCAAUGACUUAACAAGAGAUAUAAUUACUAAAGCAGACCCCAAUGCAAUGAGAAAACUCAAUGACAACCUUCAUGGAAAUAUAUUUUUUUCACCACUUAUUGUGAAUUUUUCACCACAGAAUAUUGAAAUCAACCCUUUCGAUGUUAAUAACAACAAUGAUAAUCGUAAAAACUUAGAUAUGUGGGGGCAAGAAUUGUUUCAUGGGCUGUAUGGCACCAACAAUUGGAACCACGACGUGUAA